GACGACCCCGGCUGGUUGUUCUGGGUGCCGCUGGCUCGUGCUGCUAUCAGACCAACCUCCUUCCUCCAGCUUCUCCUUGUUCCGAAAGCUACGAGGUAGGUGGUAGCCCACUCACCUUGUUACUGAUACUUGGUGGCAUCAGCUGACUGUUGGCAGGUCCUUGAGCAAACUGUGUGAGAUGGGACGGACGUCGAAGGACAAGCGGGAUGUCUACUACCGUCUGGCGAAGGAGAAUGGCUGGCGUGCCCGCAGCGCCUUCAAGCUGCUACAACUUGAUGAAGAAUUCCAGCUCUUCCAAGGUGUGACACGGGCAGUUGACCUAUGUGCAGCCCCGGGCAGCUGGAGCCAAGUGCUGAGCCAGAAGAUUGGGGGCCAGGGGUCUGGCCACGUGGUGGCUGUGGACCUGCAGGCUAUGGCUCCACUACCAGGUGUUUUACAGAUCCAAGGAGAUAUCACCCAGCUGUCCACUGCCAAGGAGAUCAUCCAGCACUUUGAGGGCUGCCCCGCAGACCUAGUAGUGUGUGAUGGGGCUCCCGAUGUAACUGGCCUCCAUGAUGUUGAUGAGUAUAUGCAGGCCCAGCUCCUCCUGGCCGCUCUGAACAUUGCUACACAUGUCUUGAAGCCAGGGGGCUGCUUUGUGGCCAAGAUAUUCCGAGGCCGGGAUGUGACGCUCCUCUACAGCCAGCUGCGUGUCUUCUUCUCCAGUGUGCUUUGUGCCAAGCCCAGGAGCAGCCGGAACUCCAGCAUCGAGGCCUUUGCUGUCUGUCAGGGUUAUGACCCUCCUGAGGGCUUCAUGCCGGACCUGACCAAACCCCUGCUGGAUCACUCUUACGACCCAGAUUUCAACCAGCUAGACGGUCCCACCCGCGUCAUUGUGCCUUUUGUGACCUGUGGGGACCUGAGCUCCUAUGAUUCAGACCGAAGUUACCCAUUGGAUCUAGAGGAUGGCUCAGAGUACAAGUAUACUCCGCCCACACAACCCCCCAUCUCGCCACCAUACCAGGAGGCUUGCACAUUGAAGAAGAAGGGGCAGCUGGCCAAGGAGAUCCGCCCCCAGGACUGCCCCCCCAGCAGAGUGGAUGCGUUGCCCCAGCCCCUGGCCGCCCCUGAGAUGGAAGACAAUGAAAUGAAUUAUUCACCUUAACCCAUUAAGCUGGCAUGCUGAUACAACUCAGAAACUGCUUGCUAUCAGGAAAAUCAGAACUUGGGUUGACGAAUUUGUUUUCAAAUAUCUCAUCAAUGGGACCUGAAUGAACAAGCCCUGAGUAGGAAUCUGCAACAAUCACCAUGAAGAUAACAAGGAAAGAAACACUGCAGAAGUCUGUGAUGCAAUGGGAAUUCUUGAGUGAGGUCUUAACCUCCUCUCUGAACUUCAUCAGGGAUGUCCUGACAUGUCCAGAAUUUCCCCUGGAAGCAGAAGUAUCCAUGAACUUGAUGGAGGAAAAUGUUACAUCUUUAUUUUCACUAAUGUACCAGAAAUUUAGCCUUACUCUUAGUUAUAAAUGCUGGCAACAAAUGGCCAUAGUAAAAGCAGUACCUGUAAUUUUCCCACCAAUACAAAUCUGUUCCUUUUUAUGUUAUGUUACAGUUGUUGUAGGCAUCUUGAUAUAUAGUUCACAUUCAUCACCGCUUGGCAUGGCAGAUCUUAUAAUUUGAUGUACUAACAAAAUAGCCUAUGUAUUACUGCAAAAAAAAAAAAAAAAAGAAUGAGAUAGCCAAAUGUGAUUCUGAGGCAUACUUGCUUAGACAGAGAUACAAACUAAACAAUGUUUAGUUUACACAAUGUAAAUAUACUUUUAUACUGAGUGCUCUACUUUCAAAGCUUUUUAAUAUUCACUUUCCUCUGAACUAAUCACGAUAGAUAUUACCCCCAUUUUAGAGAAUAAAUGAGUGAAGUGUUUGAGGUAGUUUUUCUGAAGUGAUUUUCAUUAUGUAAUACUAAGUAUCGUGUUCCCAUUGUGUGUUGUGGUUUGAAUAUUUGUGUCUCCUCCAAAAUUCAUAGGUUGAAACCAAAUUCCCAAUGUGAUAGUAGUAUUGGUAGGUGGGUGCUUUAAGAUGUAAUUAACUCUGCCCUCAUGGAUGGAUUAAUGCCAUUAUAAAAAGGGCUUGAAGUGCUAUCUCUUUGCCCUUUUGUCUUCUGUCUUGUGAGGAUGGAGACACAGCGUUCCAGGCAUUGUCUUUGAAGCAGAAUCAGCAAACCUUUUGGCACCCUUGAUAAUGUACUUCCCAGCCUCCAGA